GUGUCCCACACUAACAGGAUUAACGUACCCUCAUCUUCAUCAUCUGAUCAUCUCUCACCCCACCCGCUUUCCUUACAAACAUGGACGCCCCAUAUUUCUCUACAUCUCUACCUUCCAUCCUCCUCAUCUCCUUCUUCAUCUUAACAUUACUAUUACAACGUCCACCAUCUUACUGCAUCGACGAUGAUCGCUUCUAUGUGGAGUGCGGUCGUCCCUACAACUGUGGAAGCUUAGGAAACAUUCCGUUCCCUUUCUGGAUAGACAAUGAUUAUCGGCCGGACUAUUGCGGGCAUAGGGAUAAGGGGUACGAGUUGAAGUGCCUCAAUAAUGAAUACCCUGUUUUGCAAUUUGAGGAGCUGAAGUUCCGGGUACUGAAUUUCAACCAGAAUACAAACAAGAUGACCAUUGCAAGAAUGGACCUCUGGGAUAAUCUUUGUCCAGAAGAACGGCUGACUACCGUUUUGGAUUACACCUGGUAUGGUUACUCCUCAACCUUUAAGAACAUAACUUUGUUCUAUAACUGCUCUCGGCCUAGUCUACCGGGCAUUAGAUUUGAAUGCAGCCCAGGAGCUUGGAAUAUUUCUAAUUAUUUCGUAGACGACUCUUGGCCCGGUAUCAAUCGAACUGAAUUUACCGAAUUAUGCGAUCCUACUACUAUCAAAGUUCCCGUUUCCAAUAGUACUUUCUUCAAUGAUCAUGAAGACUCUUUGGAUGGAGCAACGUUACUGAUGAAAGCACUGGAGAAAGGGUUUGAGGUGGAAUACAAUCAAUCGUUGAUGGUUGCCUUUAGUGGGUGUGAGCAGUCAGGUGGGAGAUGCGGCUCUAAUAUCACCUCCCAGUUGGUCUGCUUUUGCCGUGACGGAGUGCAAUCUCCUUUUCUCUGCUCAGACGGCCGGAAGACCAGCAAAUCGAAAGUGAUGAUAAUAGCAUUUGCCAGUUUAUCUAUUGUAAUUGGAGUUCUGAUAAUUUGCCUCUGCUUCAAGAGAAAGUUUACAUCCAUUAAUAUCAUACAUUUUUUCGAGAAGGAAAAUCUAACCCAUCAAAGUGUCGAGACAUUUCUAAGGAAUAAUGGACCAUUUUCAAUAAGAAGAUACAAUUACUCAGAUAUCAAGACAAUGACCAACUUCUUCAGAGAUCAAUUAGGCCAAGGAGGCUAUGGUUGUGUCUAUAAGGGAAAGUUACAAGAUGGUUCUUUUGUAGCAGUGAAAGUUUUGAAAGAAUCAAAAGGAGAUGGAGAGGAAUUCAUUAACGAGGUUACGAGCAUUAGUAGGACCUCCCAUGUCAACAUUGUUACUCUUAGAGGCUUUUGCUUCGAGGGUUCUAAAAGAGCUCUAAUCUAUGAGUUUAUGCCUAAUGGAUCUCUCGAGAAGUUCAUAUACCGAAAAGCCCCACCAAAAGUUGAUCAUCAUCAAUUGGGGUGGGAAACAUUAUACAUGAUUGCAGUUGGCAUAGCUCGAGGAUUAGAGUACUUACACAGAGGUUGUAACACACGAAUCUUGCAUUUUGACAUUAAGCCUCACAACAUUCUUCUGGAUGAGAACUUCUGUCCAAAGAUUUCUGAUUUUGGCCUUGCAAAAAUAUGCCCCAGAGAAAAUAGUAUCAUAUCAAUGUCGGGUGCAAGAGGCACAGUGGGAUAUAUAGCUCCGGAAGUAUUUUGUAGAAAUUUUGGAGGGGUCUCACAUAAAUCCGAUGUUUAUAGCUACGGAAUGAUGGUUUUAGAAAUGGUUGGGGGUACAAAUAAUGUAGAUGUUGAGACUGAUCAUACCAGUGAAACAUACUUUCCACAUUGGAUAUACAGACACCUUGAACUAGAUAAAGAACUAUGGAUGCAAGGUAUCAUAAAUGAAGAGGACAAACAAAAUAUAAAGAAGAUACUAAUAGUGGGUUUGUGUUGUAUACAGACCGACCCGUCAAAUCGUCCGACAAUGAGUAGAGUUGUGGAUAUGCUGGAAGGAAGCCUCGACUCUUUACAAAUCCCACCGAAGCCUUUUUUGUCUUCCCCUUCACGACCUCUAGGUGAUUAUUCGAGUACAGUGGCUCUCCAUUAUGAUUCUAUUAGAGCAUCCUCAUUGGCUUGGCCAAAUGAAGUGCUUGGCUAGAUUUGGAGUAAUUUGACCCAAAAACUCAUCACAUUGAAUUGGCCAAAUUCAAAAUAUUUUGGAGUUCUGCUACAGUCCAUGGCCAAAUAUGAAAGACCGUUUUCAUUGUCCAAAUAAUAAACAAUUGUUUUCUCACUCCAACCGAGCAAGCGGAAGUGCAGUUUAUGUGUUUCCUUGAUAUCUCUUUAUGUAAGUGCAGUUUAUUUUUUUACAUGAAUUCUCAUAUGUUG